AAAGCCUAACUGACUAAAACAUAAAACACUCUGACUCUCACACUCUCAGCAUCUCACGCCUCAAGCCCUCAAGCCCUCAACCUCAUCUCACGCACACGCAGUCACGCCUCACUCUCUGCCUCUCUGCCUCACUCAAGCUCACUCUCAUCAACGAUCAACCACUCCACUGACCACUCUCAUCUCUAAAUCCGAAGGCCCCAAUAACCCUCUCUUCUUCCUUGUCAAAGCCACAGACAAAAUCGACCAAAAUCUCUAAAUCCAAAGGUUUUUUUUUUCCUUCUCGGUCUCGCCCAAUAACGGUUAUAGUCUUCUUUAACUUGCAUCUCAGUUAUAUUGACAACCCCUUUCACGGCUUUCCUUCUCCUUUUAGUUUCAGAUCUACUCAUACGGUUGCUCAUAAAUCCUGAUGGCGCUUAUCACCACCAAAGGAGCCUCAUAUUCCUCUUCCUCUUCCUCUUCCUCUUUCACCCACCAAUCCAAGAACUUUGAUAAGUUUGAUGUCUUUUUGAGUUUUAGAGGUGAAGAUACCCGCUCUGGUUUUGUAAGCCAUUUGUAUCACGCUUUGUGGCUCCGGGGUAUUCACACCUUCAUCGAUAAUAAUCUCGAAAGGGGAGAAGAAAUUUCUACACAGCUUUUCAAAAUCAUUGAGAACUCAACGAUGUCAAUUAUUGUAUUUUCUGAAGAUUAUGCAUCCUCCACUUGGUGUUUGGAUGAACUUGCUAAGAUUAUUGAGUGCAGGAAAAAUAAUCAAUUGGUGUUACCAAUUUUUUACAAGUUGGAUCCAUCAGAAGUUCGUAAGCAACAAGGAAAGUUUGGAGAAGCACUAGCUAGGCAUGAAGAAAGAUUUAAAGAUGAAAAGAAGGUAAAAAGGUGGAGGAAAGCUCUACGUAAGGCAGGCGAAAUUUCUGGUUUGGACUACAAGAACAGCCACAAUGAAUGUGACCUUAUCCAAGAAAUUGUUGAAAAGAUCUCAAAGUCCAAACUAAAUCAGAUGGAAUUAGACGUUGCGAAAUAUCCAGUUGGAAUAAAGUCUCGUACAGAGGCUUUAAUAGCACGUUUAGAUAUUGAAUCAAAUGAGGAUGUUCGCAUGGUAGUAAUCUAUGGUAUCAAUGGAGUAGGCAAAACGACAAUUGCAAAAGCUACUUAUAACAAAAUUUUACAUCAUUUCAAAGCAAAAGUUUUUCUAGAGAAUGUUAGAGAGAGGUCAGAGACAAUUGAAGGCUUAAUUCGUCUACAAAAGAUGCUUCUUUCUAAUAUCUUAGGGUAUGGGAAUUUGGAAGUGUGUAAUGUAUCUAGUGGAAUCGCCAUGAUAAAUGAACGUCUUUGCGGAAAGAGGGUUCUUAUCAUUCUUGACGAUGUGGAUAAUUUGGACCAAAUAGAAAAAUUGCUUGGAAAAUGUGAUCAAUUUGCUCCUGGAAGUAGAAUCAUUAUGACAACAAGAAAUAAACGUUUGCUUGUAACUCCUGGAAAUGGUGUUUCAACCUAUGGAUAUCGGGUUAAGGAAUUAAAUGAAUUUGAAGCUAUUGAACUCUUUAGCAAGCAUGCUUUCCGAAGUAAUGAACCCAAUGGAGAUUAUUUGGAACUUGUGCACAAAGUUAUACAUUAUGCCAAAGGCCUUCCACUAGCUCUAGUAGUAAUGGGUGCUGAUUUGUAUCAAAGACCAAAACUUGGAUGGGAAAGUGCUCUAAAAAAGUACGAAAAAAUUCCAAAUGGAGAUAUUCAAAAGAUAUUGAAAAUAACUUAUGAUGGGUUAGAUGAAAAUGAACAGAAUAUUUUCCUUUAUAUUGCAUGUUUCUUCAAGGGAUAUUGCAUGAAUUAUGCUAAGGUUGUGGAUAUACUAGAAGGUUGUGAUUUAGAACCAGCAGAUGGUAUUGCAAGACUUUUUGAUAAAUGUCUCGUGACUUUUGAUUAUUGUAAUGAAUUGUCAAUGCAUGAUUUGCUACAAAGAAUGGGUAGAGAAAUUGUUCGACAAGAAUCACCACAAAAUCCAGGAGAACGUAGUAGACUAUGGCGUUGUGAGGAUGUUCUUAAAGUACUAACUGAAGAUACAGGGUCAGAUAAAAUUCAAAGCAUAAUGUUGUAUCCGCCGAAGCUGAUAGAGUUGCAAUUGAAGGCACAAAUAUUUUGUAAGAUGAAAAAUCUUAGAUUGCUUACAAUUCGCAAUGUACAUUGCAAUGGAUUCCUAGAAUAUCUUCCCAAUGGAUUAAAGCUGCUUGAUUGGCAUACAUAUCCAUUCCCUUCGCUUCCAUUCCAUUUUUCUCCUAAAAAUCUGGUUGCACUCAACAUGGUCGGUAACCAAUUAGAGAAAACAUUCAAGCAGGUUUUUGCAUUCAAAACCAUGAGAUAUGUGGACUUAAGUCAAUGUGAACCCAUUAGGAAAAUACCUGACUUAUCAAUGAGCCCAAACAUAAAGGGAUUGAAACUUAGUGAUUGUAAAAAUUUAGUUGAGAUUGAUGACUCCGUGGGGCGUCUUGAUAAGCUUGAAGUGUGGGACCUUAGGGGUUGCAAUAAACUUGAAACUCUUCCGAGUUGUCUCUCGAUGAAGUCUCUUAGAUGUUUGAAUCUUACAUUCUGCAAAAGCCUUAAGAAGUUCCCCAAUAUUUCACAAGAAAUGAAAAGUUUAAAGGAUUUAUCUUUGAACGAGACUAGAAUUAGUGAAUUGCCUCCGUCAUUUGGGAAUCUCACUGGGAUUAUUAAGUUAGAGCUUGGAAACUGUGAGGUGGGACAUCUACAUGUUCCAGGUAGCAUCUAUAAAUUACAAUGUCUUGAGAUUCUCAUUCUUUAUGGCAAUUUCACAUUUUCAAAGGACGUGGAGCUACUGCGCAAUGCUGACGGAGACUUUUCCAAAUAUGCUUUUCCAAACUUGGAAGGUAUUGGUCUUAUUGGCGUUCCAAAUCCCUCAGAAAUGGAUUUUAUUUUGAAUUAUUGUUGUCCCCCCUCAUUGGAAGUUCUAGGUAUCCUUGACUGCAGAAUUGUUACCUUCCCAAAAAUCGCUGGCAGAUUUAGGUAUUUAGAACUUCUGAAAUUUAAAGUUUGCUAUGAGCUUCAGGAAAUUCCAAGCCUUCCACAAAGUGUAAGAUCUGCACAAACAAGCGAAAUAUUUGAACAGAUUCGAGAAAUGAUAAGGCUUCCACCAAAUCUUCCACCAUGCCACAUGUUAAUAGUUCCACACCCAAACUCAUCUUCUACAAUAUCCCCUGUGAUGGUCCCCGAUCUGUAUGUCUUCCUUGUUGAGAAUCACUUUGUGCCAGAGGGAUACCCCGGUCUGUAUGUCUUCGUUGCUGAGUAUCACUUUGUGUUAGAGGGAUACGGGGAUGAGAUUCCAAAUUGGUUUAACCACCAAAGCAAUGAAAAUUCAAUAUCAUUCUUGAUUGGUCCAGAAUUUCCAACAAUUGCUCUCUGUGUUGCUAUUGAAAUAACUCCUAUUGAAAUAGUAAAGGCUCGUAGUUGCAAUUUUGAUUUUCAUGUCUUCAUUUCCAUCAAUGGUAGUAAACGACUGUUCGAAAGCACAAAGUAUUUAUUUGAACAUUUUAACCGGCUGGUGUUUUGUUGUAGACCUCAGAGCUCAUUGCAGGAACUAUUUGAGGACUUGAAUCUAGGUGAUUGGAAUCUUGUUCAGAUUUUCUGUGAAACCCCUCAUGAUGCUGGAAAAAUUGCUCCUGUGAUUACAAGGGUAGGGGUCCAUGUAGACUGCAUUUGUUCUCCUCAAAAAUCCUCAGGCUGUCAAAUUUCGAAGAGCAUUGUACAGUGUAACAGGCGGAGGCCGUCUCUUGGAUUUGAAUCAACCCUCGGUGAUGGGUUUAAUUUGGGUUCCUCCUCUUUAAAUGAUGAUUCUGACUUCAGUACAUUUCCAUAGUCAAAGAAAAUGAGACCCUCUUGAUCAAAUUUCAACAAAAACAUUGCAAGGUUGGAAUACCGUGGAGGACCAUUGAUGACGAAAAAGGCAGCAGCAUUGGCGAAAUUUCUAGAAAAUGUUACCAAUUGUCACACCCUGGAGGAUCAUUGUGAUUUAAAAAAUGAAAAAGAAAAAGGUUUCUGCUUAAGUUUACCUUAACUCUGCUUAUCAAAAAAAAGAUGUUUGCCUUAAAUCAUUGUUGGAACCUUUCUUUGUUGGAUAUUGAUGAUAUCAUGCUAUUCAAGAACUGAAUAUAGGUGUGUUUUUAUAUCAUGCCAUAUUUUGCAGAAAUGUACCAUUUGUCAUUGGCAUUGAAAUGUUGCUAUCAGUAUUAUGCUUAUAUUGACCCUGCUGUGCGUAGUGAUAAAUUUGGUUAUGCAAAAGAUCUAUUUAUUUCUUUAUUAUUGUUAUUCUUGAAACUUGAAAGUAUGCUUAAAACAAGACAGAGUUGUAAGCAACCCCCCCCCCCCCCCCUUUCUUUUAUUUUGAAUCAAUCCAAACAUAAAUGGCUCUUUUCCCACUUGAAUUUAUUAUAUUUUGAAGAAAAUGGCAUUUUAGCUUCUCCAAAAUCUAUAUACUAAAGGGCAGUCAUUCUUGGUUUGCUUUGCACAAGAAUCAGUAAUAUGUUUAUAGUUUAUUGUAAGCUAAGCAAAUUAUGACCUAACUAGUACCUAAUGAUAAGACAUGUUUUGCAAACCUGUCUUUGUUAUAUGAGAGAAAUUACCACUUUUAAUCCCCCAGCCCAAUAACACAAAAAAAAAGGUAAAAGGAAAGUGUUGUAGAGAAAUGAGUACAAGGUAUUUGGCUUUGCAAAUACUUGAUUGAUUGGACUGGUCUUGAUGGUCGUUUUUCUUUUUUGCUUGUUUCUGGAAGUGAUUGUAUUUUUUUUUUUUAAUUUGUUGCUUUUUUAAUAAAAUAAGAACUCAAUGCAUUAUGACUGAUUUAAAUUAUAUUGGUUAUGUUUUAGCUUGUGGUGAGGUGUUUUCAAGAAGUAUCAUCUAUUUUUAAUGAAUAAAAAUUAAUUGUCAAUUGCGUGUUACAAUGAAUAGCCUUGUCCCCGCAAGUGUAUUCAAGUAAAGAGCACUAUGAAAUGUUUUGAUGAACGAAUAGUUAUCUCCAUGAAGAUUUUAUUGGGACCCAAUUGAUUUAUCAUUCCCGAUAGUGAAUGUCUAAGAAUGAGCUCGACAUCAAGUAGUCAUCAACAAUGCCUCAUAACCUCAUUGAUUUGUUAUGAAACAAGGUACUUAGAGGGAAUAAAGUAGGUCAUUGACUUGUUGCCGAGGCUUGGAAUGAAAUGGUCAAAACUUUUCAAUGGGACAUUGGUCUCAUCAUGACAAAGCUGCUCUAAGGCAUAGAUACAAACAUUUGAGAAGGCAAUAUAAUGACAUAAAGGUUGUUCAAUAGAGUGGGUUAUCUUGGGAAGAAACAGGAGAAAUGGUAACUGCUGAGAUUAUGUGGGUUCUUAUACCUAGGUGAAUUGCCAUUUAUCCAUUCUUGUAUCUUGGACAAUUUGUUGGUCUAUUAUGUUGCUUAUAUAUAAACAAAUCCAGGUGCAUCCUGAUGCUUGGUCUCAUAGAAAUUGUUGUUAUAUAUGUUGAAGGGGUUUCUAACGAAGCUGCAGAAUUUCUUCAUGCAAUGCAGAUUUUAAUAAUGAAGACCCAAUUUGAUGACUGGAAUGUUUCUUGUUUCAACAUUGAGAUCUUUGCAUAAUUUAAGAAAGUUAUUGUCUACUUAUAUUGCUUAUUUUCACUGUGUUGUUCCUUUACCUACAAUAUCGUUUGCAUUAUCUCAAUUUUUUUCAUUGCUAUCCAAAAUCUGAUGUUGUAGAAUUGAUAAUUAUGCUUAUUUUUACUUGAUUUAUGGAAAUCUAGCUUCUGAUGGAGGGUAUAGCCAUGUGGGUCAAGAUAUUGGUUGCAUGUAAUGGAGUCGGUGAGAUUUUCUUUUCACAGGCCUAUAACAAGCUGCAGCAUUUGGUGAGAUUUUUGGAUUCUUCUGAAGGUGCAAAAUUUCAAAUAACUCUCGUAUGUUUCAAAUUAAGUUCUUAUGAAUAAAUGUACCAUAAUAGAACUCUCCCCAAAUUUCAAAUAUCUGUUUUUGAUACACGGAAAUGACAACACUGAUGAAAGGAAUUAUUACUAAAGUCACACUCUAGACAUUGAGGACUAUCGGCUGGCAAUGAUGCUCUCUCUCUCUCUAUUCUACCUGUAGUUAGAACGGAUUUGUACAUUCAAUUUAUGACUUCCCAGAUAAUUUAUGAGAAUUUGCAUAAUUAUACAUGAAGGCCAUGUGAAAACUCUAGCACAAGUUAAUGUAAAAAUUUUGACUAAGUAUUGUUGUCAUAAGUUUUAAUUUCCCAACAAUGCAAUUACUGCAUUUAGUUUUCCUGAAAGUGUCAUAUAAAAACAGUGAAAUCUCCCCAUUUCCAGUAAUGUUUGAGAUUGAUAUGUAACAAAAUAAUUGUUCGAAUUUUUCUUUGGUACCCUUGAGAACAAAUUUUUGCAUGUAACUAGAGUUAUUUUGAAGUUGUAGGUGAAGAGGAUGACCAAUUCUUCACUAGUAGUGUUUCUCAUGGAUGAUAUUAACCUUGAGUUAGAGCAAUUGCACAGAAGGAAUAAAAUUGGUCCUUCAUGCUAUCCUUCAUGCUAUCCUCAAAGCUUCAACAGCAGAAGAUUUGGUGUUCUAGGUGGCAAAGAUGUACUAGAAGAUCAAAAUUUAAGCUUGGUGAAAGAUUACAAGGAAAUAAAGGAUCUCCCAAUUCAGAAUGUCUUUGCUGGUGAUGAAAUUUUCCAAAAAAUGACAGCCAAUGUUGAUCUUUGGGAAACUCAAGGUUACAUGCUUUCUCAUUAGUAAUGUUUGCUAGGAUAGAGGAUUUUCCUGUUUUGUUUCCUCUGGUUGUCAUUAAAGAGUACCCUGUAGCAUGGACGUCUGUGCACACGCUUUUCUUUUUUAACAUAUACUUUUUCCUUUGAUGAAAUGAUGUUCACACUUUCUUCAUGAAGUAAAUAAAAUGUUAUUGGGUAACAUAGGUUGUAUAACAUAAGUCAUAUUUAUCAUUGAACAUUGAACAGGAAAAUUUUGAGUAGCUUUCAUUUUUUAAUGGCAUUUUUCAUGAGCAUCCGGAUGCAAUUGCAUGCAGAGAUAGGAUCUCAGAUUUGUGAUUUGGGAUUGAUUUAUAGUAUUGAAAGUCAAAUGGUAGAUCAAGAUAUUUGGAGAUAAAAGUGGAGAUGAAGCAAUAUCCAUCUUGGGAGUUUGAAAAUCUUAUCAGAGAAAAAAAAAAGUCAGCAACUUUAUAAGCCCCAGCCUGUUCUCAAAAAGUUCAGAGAGCAAUCAAGGAGUAGUUGAGGAGAGGCCAUGUAUACUCAAAACAUAUAUGAAUAUUGAGGAGUUGGGGAAGCUUGCUAUAGCUGGUACACAAGUGCUUUCAAACAAACUCAGACUUUGCAACCUCGGGAUCAAGGACCAGAGAGGCCUGUUAGAGUGUGCACAUCUCCUGAUAGUUGGCAGUUGGUGAUCACUGCUAAAGGGUUUUGGCAAGCUUCUUCCAAGUUGGAGAAAGCAGGGUAGGGGGUGGUGACAGCUUUUGUAGCCAAAUCACAAGAACUGUUUACUGGUUGCUUCAGCUACAAUUUAUCAAGAAAAAAGACUGCUAGGAUGUUUGGCAAACAAAAAUUUUAUUUUGAUAGCUAAGCCAAAAGGAUUUUCACACCUAGUCGUCUUGAUUGCAAGUCAUAUGUUGGAGGAUAUCUACACAAAGAAGAGAAGGCUUCCUCGAAGAUUAGAAGUGAUAGUGGAAGACAUUUCUGACUUGCUGAAGCAGGGAUGCAAGUGCUUUUUUGCAGUUUAUAACAGGUAUUAACUGAGGCUAGAGUUCUUCAUUGUACCAGCACUUUUUGUUGUAUCAAUAGGAAAAUAAAUUUGUUAAAAAUUAACCGUAUAUCCAUUUUGGUUAAUGUACUUGUUAGGUGGGCUUAGGCUUAGGCUUAGGCUUAUGCUUAUUAACUUUAACCCAAGAAGAUAAGAACAUCCUACGGUUGUAAAUGGUUAAAAGAUCAGAAGAUUACUUGUAUGUCAUUUCAUAUCAAAUUACUCAUCUCAAGGUGGAUUUUGACUUAA